AGUGUUCCAGCGACUCGUCGGAGAGGGGGUAGACCGCUCGAGAGCAGCCGAGAGAGGGCCGAGCGCGCUUUGCUGAUCAGAGAGCCGGCAGCCCGCACAUCGCGAGCUGCUCCGUGAGCAGCAGCAGUUAUAGCCUUUUAACGCGACAGACGUACAACACUUAUUGCAUCCACAGAGUUGUACCAGAUACGAACUAGCAGCAGCAGCAGUCUGUCUCUUGUACAUCGACGAGUGCGCGGGUGGAUCGUUGUUCCGGAGUCUUUACCUGUCGGGGCGAGAGAACAGUGCGCGAAACAAGGGCUUGACCCCCCCCCCCCUCCUCGAGGAGCUACGCUGGACAGCCGGGCCGACUAAGUUAUGACGACCAUGGCUCCUGCUGGCGAGGGUGGAGGAGGAGGAGGAGGCGGGAGUGUAAGAGCGACGACGACGUCGGAGCAGGCUCCGGCGACAACCACUACGACGACGAGUACCAGUGCACCGAGUCAGCAUCCACCGCCAUCGCCCCUGAGCGGAUGCUAUCUCUUGGUCGUGCUUCCCGAACCUCACACCGCACAACACAAGGAUCUCAUCCUCAACCGACUCGCUAAAGGUUUUCUCUCAUGGGACAAAGACAAUUGUCACGUGGAUCUCGAGAAGGAACUGCAGGCACUCGUAGCACAGUCCCCCGAAGGCGAAGAGGCUAGGAAUGGCGAACGUUUGAUUCAAUAUGCAACGGAGAAUCUCGUGACGGAGGUCCUCAUUUACCCGCAAAGCAAUACUCUGCUGCAAUGUAUCCGAAAUCUUCUCGCAAGUUUCACGAAGCACAGGCACAUCAUUCACGCUGGAUACACAUUCGGUGGAAAUGGUUCCUGGAUACUGCAGGAUGGAACCUUCAGCCUGGCUGACUUUCUGGAUGCGUUUAGCGAGCACGAGGUGCAGCGUGUGCUUCGAGCCUACGAGAAUAGCGUUACUGUAGAUAUUCACUGCGCGGGUGUCGGUGACUGGACGACGUCGCGUCUUUCCAAGGAAGCUUGCACGAGGGCAUGCCGCGUGAGAGUCAAUCCGGAUGACGUUCUCACGGCCGGUGUGCCGGCGAUCACGAGCUUCACGAGCUACAUCGGACAGUAUCUGGUGGCCCAGACUCUGGACCAGCUGAUGGAGCCGUCCGAUGUGGUCGGCAACAUACGCUUCAGUCAUCCUACGCUGUACGUCUUCCCCGGUGGUCAAGGUGAUGCCGCGCUCUUCGGCAUCAACGGUUUCAAUAUGCUCGUUGACGGUGGCUUUGCGCGCAAGGCCUGCUUUUGGGACUUUACUCGACAUCUCGACCGCCUCGACGCUGUGCUCGUUACGCGAAUUAACAAUAGCAACGUUGGCGGUAUGUCGAGUGUGCUGAAGAAGAAGAAGGAGAUGCACGUCUACCCGCAGAUAGGACACUUCUUCUGCAACCUCGUUGAAAGAAGACACUUCAACUCUCCGGAUGGUGACAAGGAUAUAGACCCCCUCAUACUGAACCUCAUUGACAUCGGACAGGAAAUGAUGGUGAAUUUGCGUCACAUAAAUCUUCGUCCACAUCCUUGUUACAGGGAUCCAGAACCAAUUAAUCUGUAUCACAAAGUUGGCCACGGUACCUUGGAUAUGUACGUCCUAAGCCCAAGCAAAGAUAGCCGCGAAGUUAGGGAGUUUCUAGCCAAGUGGAAUGCCUCGGACUCGAAGCUUUUUGCCGGAUCACAUAGAAAAGACUCGACUGGCAUGGUGUUUCCAGCGCAGAAUCUCGUGUCGAUAUGCGCACUGCUGGUCUGGCAGCCGGCUAAUCCCGAAGACACCAUCACCAGAAUCCUUUUCCCGGGCAGCACGCCGCAGCACAAAAUUUUCGAGGGUUUCGAGCGUCUAAAACACUUGGAAUUUUUGAAGCAUCCGACUUGCACCGCAAAGAGCCUCUCGCCUUCGACGUCACUUAUGGCGCUCAAAGACAAGGCGGCGAUACUGAAACCAAAGCUAAGUUCCAUAGAGCGUGAAACCAAACGACUUGCCGAGACUCGAAGAGAGAAGCGAGACGCUUCGGAAAUCAAGGCUGUGAAAAAGGACGCCGUUGACGAUGCUUCGACGAGAAUUUCCUCGACUGCAAAGCCCUCGGCGACGCCUCAAAUCAAGACAGAAACGAAAGCGAAGAAAGUCGUGGAGAAUAAGAAGAUAGAGUCCGAAGCUAAGGAGAGUAAGAAGAUCGAGAAGGAAUUGAAGGAGACGAAGAAGGAAGUGAAGAAGGUAGAGAAGUCUGAGCAACCGGAAUCAGACGCGAAAAAGACUGACGCUGUUAAAGUGGAAACUGAAAAGACUGCACCUCCUGCAAAGGAACCUAAAACGCAAAAAAUUGAUGUUAAGAAGAGAGAAGCUAAGGAAAUCACCAAGACAACCGUCAAACCCAGCAAACCCGAAAGUAUGACGAAGCCUUCAAUGAAGCCCGUAGAAAAGAAACCCAAACCAUCCGGAGAGAAGAAAGACAUCAUGAAGCCAUCUCCGACAACUCCAAAGAAGUCCAUGAACGGUGCCGCAACUAAAACCGAAGUGUCCAAAACUGUAGCGAAAUCCGCCGUAAAAACGUCUUCGAAAACCUCAACCGCAGCUCCAGCCAAGAGCGCCAAAGAUGCCAACAAUCGUAUGGUGGUCGAGCAGAAGAAUAUCGAAUCGGCAGCUGCGAGCGCCGCAACGAAAGCACCGACCAAGCCUAAAGCCAUCGAGCGAAAGCCCAUAAGUCGUCGCACGAAACCCGUGAGUCCGAGUAAGGCUCGGCUACCCAUAAGUCCAGCUAAAUCUACGAGGAGUACACCAACGGCUUCCGUGAAAUCUGAAAAAGACGCUGUCAUCCGAAAGAUCAAGGGAGGCACCACCGAUUCAUCCGCCGUGUCCACUCCUUCCGGAAUUGAGCCGGAAUCCGCAAUAAAAUUAAUCGAUAAGAAUUUAACGGAAAAAUCCGAAGAUAUAUCGCUUGAUUCCAUUGAGAGUAAAGUUUUGGCUGAUCUGAAGGAGGAGCGUGAAGUGGUUGAGGAAAUCGAAGCAGUUUUGCAGAAAGCAGAACGAAUCGAGGAGGCGCGUAAAGAAGAAAGAUUCGAAGGUGACGAUGAAAUAACUGCAGAAGCAACCGAUAAGAAGGAAGAAGAUAUGACGGAGGAGGACGUAACGGCAGAGAUGGACGAUGCGCCGAAAAAGCUGUCCAGAAAAGAAAGCCAAGAGCUGACGGAGGAAGAUGAGUAUUUGAUAGUCGAAAAGGAAGAAAUCUACACAGAGGAUUCUGUACAGAGUGGCGAUGCUGAACAGAAACACCAUCUUGACGAGGCUGAAUCCGAAAAGAGUAGAAUAAAGAUUGGCAAAGAGCCUGAAGAGGAAGAAGAAGAGGAGGCAGAAGAAGAGGAUCAAGAGGAGGAAAAAGAAGAUGCCGAAGAGAAAAAGGACGAAGUGCCGGAGAAAAGCCUGGUUGCCACAGCGACUGAAGGCGACAAGAGAAAAUCGAUGGACUUGUCUCCUGAGCACAAAGAACUUCUAAAGGAAGAAAUGAAGCAGAUAAUCGCUUCCGCUACGGAAGCUGUACAGAAAACCGAAGAGAAGGAUGACUCUGGUAAAAAAGAUAGCGAAGACAUAACGAAGGAUCCUUCUAGCUUGAGUCCCGAUAAGUUAGAUUCUUCCGUCAAGCCAGAUAUCGAUCAAAAGGAAACACAGCCUGAAAAGUUGGAGGAGUCUCAAGAAAGAAUUUCGACCCUGGAAUCCGGUGCAACUACAACUGCGCCGACGAUGCCGGAAGACGAGCGAAUUGCGCUAGAUGAAAUCAAGGAAGACGUAGACGAAAAACACGUUUUGGAAGAAGUAAAAGAAAAAGAAAUCUCUGUCAAAGAAAAAGAAGUUAUUCCAGAAGCGUUACCUGCUGUCUCCAAACCAGAAGUGAAGGUAUUGGACGUUAAACCUCCUGUGCAUCACGGUAUUGCAAGAGAUGUUGUGAAAACUCCUGAUGAAGUAGCCGAUUUACCAGUUCACGAAGAAGUUGAUCCGAAAUUGUACAGAAUGGAAGAGCUUGAAAAAGAGAAAGAAACGAAAGCACCAGUUCCAGUACAAGAAUCAAAGGAACCCGCUCCUACGGUAGCUCCGGCGAAAGAACAGAAAGAUAAGGGAAUGUUCAGCUUUUUCGGAAAAGUAGCUGACAAGUUUGAAAAGGGUAUCGAUAAGUUGACAAAGAAAGCAAGACGUGACUCUGCUGACAAAGAUGCUGAAGAUAGAUCUUCGAAAUCUAGUUCACCUAAAGAAUCCAAGCCUCAGGAAAAAGUUAUUUUUGAAGAUGUAGAUAUUGAUAAAGUGUUCCCAAAAGUUGAAAAGCACGAAGAAAAGGUAGUAUCUUUCGAACAAGUACAGCCUCAAGUCAGCGACAUAAGAGUUGCAGCUAUCAAAGAAACUGCAGCAUUUUUACAAGAAGAAAUAAAGAGCUCCGGCGUAGCUAUUGCUGAGCCUUCAAGUGAUAUAAUCGAUAAAACGAAGGAUGAAAAAUUGGAGGUUCAGCUGGAAGACAAGAUAGUCGAAGAUAUCGAAGAAGUUGAGGCAUUGGUGGAAGAAGCGUCUAUGAAAUUCAAAAACGUAAAAGAUAGUUUGCAGGAUUCCUUGGAAUCUCUGGAAGACAAAGCUGAUGGGGCUAAAAAAUCGGCAGCAGCAUCUGCAGAUAUGGUAAAGGAUACGCUUAUCGAAGCAGCUGAGAAACUUGAUGAUAUAAAAUCAGAUAUAAGUGAUUUAAUAGAAUCAAAAGAACCUGAAAAAGUCAAAUUCAUUAUUCCGUCAAGCGACGAUACCGAAAAAGAUGAAGAUGAUUCGGAUGGUGUUGUGAGAGACUUCAAAGAAGCUGUACGGGAUGUUGCUGAAGUACUCAUGGGUACAUCUGGGAUCGAAAUAGAAAAAGAAAAACCAAAAGACGUCGAGCAAAUUGUGAAAAAGGUAGCUAAAGUUCUCAAGGAAGACGAUUUCCUAGUGGAAAAGAGUCUCCUUAUCGACAAAGUUAAGGAAAAAGACGAAGGUCCUAAAUCUCCUGCUGAAGAAGCAAUGAUACCUACGAAAGUUGGUGUAACGGAAGAGUUUGCGCCUCACGAGGAAGUUGAAGAUAUACCGGAAGUAGGAGUAUCAAAAAGAUUAUCCACGGAUUAUCAAAAAGCCGAUAAAUUUGAAGUACACGAAGAACCUUGUACUAAGGUGCAUAAAGAUAAAGAAGUAUCAUUAACUUCCCCAGCUAGAGACACAGCUACCGAUAAAGCAGAUGCAAUGAGAAUUUGCGAGGAUUUGCUUAGAGAUGACGUUCUUGUUAAGCCUAUUGCUGAAGUAGAGUCGGAAUCUAGAGCUGAUGUGAUGGAUUUGGGCUUGGAAGAAGUUUGCGUAAAGAAAGUCGCUAAGCGAGAAGUUCACGAAGAACAAAGUGCAGACGAAAAGGUAAUUGUGGAAUCAGAAAUAGGUUUCGAGCAAAAGUUAUCGCCUGGUAAAGCGGAACUUGUAACCGUGACACCAGGCUCCACGCCAACUUCACCAAAAUUACCAACGGAGUUAGAGCUGCCCGAGCUUCCAACUGAAUACAAAAAUAUAUUUAAUAAAGAGACAAGCUUGGAGAACUUAAUUGAAGAAUUUAUCGUGGUCAAGAAGCAUAAAAUUACGAUACAAGUCAUAGAAUAUAUUGUAAUCGUAAAGCGCGUGCCUAAAGAAAAAGUAAUUAAUAUUAUUCAAAAGACUAUUGUAAAACACAAGAUCCCUCGGGAUAGUGUGGCAGAUUCUGUUCAAGUUUUACGAACGCACGAUAUCCCUUCGGAAAAGAGACUGGCAAUUGAGAAUUACAUAACAAAUGAAUAUUUAAAUAAAAAUAAGAGAAUAACGUUUAGUGUAAUUGAAGAUAUAUCUAUGAAAGAAACCAUUCCCAAAAGUGUUGUGAUAGAGAUCGUUGAAGAGAUAGUAGAUAAACAAAUUUCUAGAGAAUCUGUUUUUGAUAUUCCAGAAGAGACAUAUUUUACGAUACUCAGGGAAAUAGAUGAUACGACACAAGUAUCUACUGGUAUUGACGAGAAAGAUGGCGAUAAAAUAGUAGAAGGUUUUGUUAAUAUUUCCUCUAAGGAUGCUGCUGAGGCGUUUAUACAAGAAGAAAGAAAAAAAUCACACGACGAAGAAAAGGUGGAUGAUUUCGUGGCUGUAGAAGCGGAACACAAGGUUCCGGAUGUUUCUUCGACAUCCACUACAGACAAACCUGAUGCGCAAAAGACCAAAGAUGUAGAUGAAGUAACUGAGCACGUUAGUGAAGUUAUCGAAGCUGAUGAGAAAUUCGUAAAGGACACUCCAGAAAAAAGUAUGAAAGAGGUUAGCGAGAGCGACUCCAAAUAUAUCAGCAGCGCAAAAGUCGAACAAAUGCAAGAUCGAGAAAUUUCUGAAGUAUCGGAAGUAGAUACAAACGAAAAAUAUCUCGACGAGGCAAAAGAAAAAACGACAGAGAAGAAUGAUUUUGAAACGCCUAUAGAAACUUUGAAAGAAACUCAUAUCGAUAAUCUUGAAAAAUCUCAUGCAGAUGCUACUGGGCGAUCUGGUGGUUUCGUUGAUGUAACGGAAAUCGAACAAACAAAAGACGACGAUCAAUCGCAAGAUGCAGACAAAGACAGCCACGACGGAAUAGUCAAAAGAAUGGUAGUUACAGCAAGUAGCGAAGAUGGUGGUCAUGAAAUCGAAAUAUGCCCUAGUGGUACGAUUACGUUCACUAAAUCUCCAACUCCAGAAGAUUCUUUGAGAGAAGUUGAUGUAAAAUCGGCUCCUGAAAAAGAUUCAUUGAUACUUGAUAAAGAUUUGUUGCGAUCAGCUGGCAGCAUCCCAGAAAAAGAUAGUAUAGUAUCAGAUAAACCAGAUCAAGAAGAUGAUAAAAUUACGCCGGAAGAUAGCUUAGAGAAAUCAGAAACCAUAGUUGAUAUUUUACAGAGUAAGGACAUUAAAACAGAUAAAACAACAUUAAAAGAAUUAGAAACAGCAUUAGAUGCACAGAAAUCAGUAGGAGUAGUAGAUCAAUCGUCAUCCAUAAUCACAUCUACCGAAAUGGCCAAAACGCCUGAUUCACUUCAUUCUGGAGAUGCUUCACCAGCAGAAAGUGUGUUCUCAAAAUCGCCUACUGAAAAGGCGUUCACUCAAGCCACGGAAUUGUUUUCUCAUGAAAAUCUAAUUACAGAAAAAAUAAUAGAUGAUUUAUCAGUAAUUGCAGACAAAUUGAAAUCUCCCAGUAUAGAAAAAGAAGGAGCAACUGACGUAUCACAUUCGGAAGCUGAUGCGAAGUCUAAAUCCCCAAGUAUUGAAAAAGAAAUUGAGAAAAAAGAUAUAUCAGUCGACGCAAGCACGGAAGUUAAAAUCGAUGAUAAAUCCAAAUCACCCAGUGCAGAGAAAGAAGUGGCGCAAAAGGAGAUGUCACCGGAUGCUUUAAAAGAUAUUAAAGUCGCUGAUAGAAGCAAAUCGCCGAGUAGCGAAAAGGAACUAGAGAAAAAAGAUAUGAAGCCCGAAUUACUCGCAGAAGUCAAAGUCGACGAUCGAUCCAAAUCGCCCAGCGUUGAAAAAGAAACUGCUGAUAAAGAGAUAUCACCCGAAUUACAAGCAGAUAUUAAGACCGAUGAUAGAUCCAAAUCACCAAGUCUUGAGAAAGAAGUUUCUAAAAAAGAAUCUUCUCAAGAGCCCGACGAUGUCAAAAUUGACGUGAAAUCGAAAUCACCCAGCGUUGAAAAAGAAGCUACUGAUAAAGAGAUAUCACCAGAAUUACAAGCAGAAAUAAGGACCGAUGAAAGAUCUAAAUCACCUAGUCUUGAGGAAGAAGUUUCUAAACAGGAAACCUCUCAAGAGCCAGACGAAUUUAAAGCAGCGGAAAAAUCGAAAUCACCUAGUGUUGAAAAAGAAGCUGCUGAUAAAGAGAUAUCACCCGAAUUACAAGCAGAUAUUAAGACCGAUGAUAGAUCCAAAUCACCAAGUCUUGAGAAAGAAGUUUUUAAAAUAGAAUCUUCUCAAGAGCCAGACGAUGUCAAAAUUGACGUGAAAUCGAAAUCACCCAGCGUUGAAAAAGAAGCUGCUGAUAAAGAGAUAUCACCAGAAUUACAAGCAGAAAUAAGGACCGAUGAAAGAUCUAAAUCACCUAGUCUUGAGAAAGAAGUUUCUAAAAAAGAAACCUCUCAAGAGCCAGACGAAUUUAAAGCAGCGGAAAAAUCGAAAUCACCUAGUGUUGAAAAAGAGUCGGUCAAACAAGAGAUUGCAAGCGAAACAGCUGCUGAUGCGAAAACCAUUGAUAGAUCUAGAUCUCCAAGUCUUGAAAAAGAAGUCGCCAAGACCCAAGCAGCAACUGACGUUAGAAUUCAUGAAAAAUCGAAAUCACCUAGUAUUGAAAAAGAUACCAUUCAAGACAAAAAACCGGAAAUGGUCGAUCAAUCCAAGUCUCCUAGCCUCGAAAAAGAAACUGAAGUUAAAAUAACAUCUGAAGUGGCUGAUGACGCUAAGAUCCAUGAUAAAUCGAGAUCGCCCAGCGCUGAAAAAGAAGUCGUUCAUAAAGAAAUGUCACCAGAUCUAAAAACAGAUGUUAAGAAUGAUGAUAAAUCAAAGUUACCUAGCGUUGAAACAGACGCUAAGAAAGAGACGUCACCAGUGAUAGAAGCAGAUGCUAAAACUGACGCCCGAUCGAAGUCACCAAGUGUUGAAAAAGAUGCCGAUAAGCAAGAGAUACUGUCAGAGGUAACUGCAGAUGCCAAACUUGAUCAUAGAUCGAAGUCUCCUAGUAUGGAAAAAGAGUUAGCUCAGAAAGAGCUCCCAUCUUCACUCGAUGCCAAAACUGAAGACCGUUCAAAAUCGCCUAGCGUUGAAAAAGAAAAAGACAAAAACGAAAGUUCCCCUGCACUAGAUGUAAAAGCCGAUAAAUCAAAAUCGCCCAGUGUUGAAAAAGAUACAGAUAAAGAAAUAUCGUCGGAAGCCACCCCAGAUUUCAAGGCAAAUGACAGAUCCAAAUCACCAAGUGUUGAAAAGGAAACUGACAUAAAACAAACGUUACUGGAGACAGCGGCUAGUACUAAGGUAGAGGCUGAUCCAACGAAGUCACGUAGCACUGAAAGGGAGGACCUUGAAAAAGAAAAAUCUCCUGAAGUUUGUACGCAUGAUAAAACAAUAGAAAAGUCAAAAUCACCAAGUCCUGAACAAGAAAUAGUAACCAAGGAGAUUUUACCAAGUCCGAAAAAAGAUGCCGAUAAACGUGAGCCCUCACCAGAAGCAACAACCAAAGUAGAGAUUAAGGACCGAUCGAAAUCGCCUAGUGUUGAGAAAGAAGAAGCACAAAAAGAAACAUCACAAGACUUGUCAACGGAUGGUAAAGUUGAUCGAUCGAAAUCGCCAAGCGUUGAAAAAGAUUUUGCUAAAAAAGAAAUGUCACCAGAGGCGUUCAUUGAAACCGAUGUCAAAGCCCGAUCAAAAUCACCUAGUCUCGAGAAAGAAGAAACGAAGAAAGAAGCGUUAUCAGAGGCAGCAACAGACGGUACAAUUGUUGAUAGAUCUAAAUCUCCUAGCGCCGAAAAAGAUGCCCCUGUAAAAGACAUUUUAUCAGAACUAGUGGAAGAUAGUAAGACUGGCGAUAGAUCCAAAUCUCCUAGUAUUGAGAAAGAUGCUAUCACAAAAGAGACGUCACCAGAAGUGGCAGUGGUCGACAAAGCUCAGGACAAAUCAAAAUUACUAAGUCCGGACAAAGAAGUUGCUAAGAAAGAAAUGACACAUGAAUUACUUGUAGACGAUAAAGAUGCUAGUAAAUCUAAAUCUCCAAGCUUUGAAAAAGACUCAAGUAAAAAAGAAGAAGAGGCAACGGUAGAUAAUGAAACUAGAGACCAAUCAAAAUCACCAAGCAUUGAAAAAGAAGCAGGCAAGAAGGAAUUAUCACCAGUUUUAAUUUCUGAGGCUGAUACUAGGCCGAAAUCACCAAGCGUUGAAUCAGAAUCUGACAAGGAGAUGUCUGCUGACCUUACUGCAAAAGCUGCGGAUCGAUCUAAAUCUCCUAGCGUAGAGAAAGAUCACAUUAAGAAAGAGAUAUCGUCAGAAGUAGCCGAGGAAAUUAAAUCUGUCGAUAAAUCAAAAUCAACGAGUCCUGAAAAAGACGAUGCUAAAAAAGAAAUGUCCCCAGAGCUAGACGCUGAAAUCAAAGCAGAAGACAAGUCUAAAUCUACUGAACUUAGUGCUGAACAAGUAACGGAUGAAAAAGAAACGUCCCCAGACUUGCAAACUGAUGAUCGAUCAAAGUCGCCUAGCGUUAAAAAAGAAGCUGAUAGGAAAGAUGCGCUGACAGAGGUACCUGCAGAUGCUAAGCGCGAUGAUGGAUCGAAGUCACCAAGUGUUGAGAAAGACGCCAAGAAAGAAAUGUCACCAGAGUUGGUCGCAGACGCAAAGGGCGUUGAUAGAUCAAAAUCACCUAGUGCAGAAAAAGAUACUGAUAAGAAAGAUAUUUUAUCGAAGGUAACUGCAGAUGUUAAAUCGGAUGAUAGAUCUAAGUCACCAAGUGUUGAAAAGGAUUCUAUACAGAAAGAAAUGUCACCAGAGUUGGUCACAGAUUCGAAAGCUGAAGAUAGAUCAAUUUCACCUAGUGUUGAAAAAGAUGUGGAUAUGAAAUAUGUUACAUCAGAAAUAGUUGCAGAUGUCAAGGCUGGAGACGAAUCUAAGUCGCCAAGUGUUGAAAAAGAUACGGAUAAGAAAGAGGUGUUUUGGGAAGCAACUGGAACUGAUAGAUCUAAGUCACCAAGCGUUGAAAAAGAUGCUUUAAAGAAAGAAAUGUCACCAGAGUUGGCCAUUGAUGCAAAAGCCGAAGAUAGAUCAAAAUCACCCAGUGUUGAAAAAGAUGCAGAUAAGAAAGAUAUUUCAUCGGAUAUAACUGCAGAGGUCAAGUUCGAUGAUAAAUCUAAGUCACCAAGCGUUGAAAAAGAUGCUGUAAGCAAAGAAUUGUCACCAGAGUUGGUCGCAGACGCAAAGGGUGCUGAUAGAUCAAAGUCACCUAGUGUAGAAAAGGACACGGAUAAAAAAGAUGUUUUAUCGGAAGUAACUGCAGAUGCCAAGGUUGAUGCAAGAUCUAAGUCACCAAGCAUUGAAAAAGAUGUUGUAAAGAAAGAAAUGUCACCAGAGUUGGUCGCAGAUUCGAAAGCUGAAGAUAGAUCAAAGUCACCUAGCGUAGAAAAAGAUGCAGAUCAGAAAGAUGUUACAUCGGAAAUAGUUGCGGAUGUCAAGGCAGGAGAUAAACCUAAGUCACCCAGUGUUGAAAAAGAUAAGGAUAAGAAAGAUAUUUUAUCGGAAGUAACUGGAGAUGCUAAAGCUGAAGAUAGAUCGAAGUCACCUAGUGUUGAAAAAGAUGCAGAUAAGAACGAUGUUACAUCAGAAAUAGUUGCAGACGUCAAGGCUGGAGAUAAAUCUAAGUCGCCAAGUGUUGAAAAAGAUACGGAUAAGAAAGACAUUUUAUCGGAGGUAACCGCAGAUGCUAAGGCUGAUGAUAGAUCUAAGUCACCGAGUGUUGACAAAGAUUCUAUAAAGAAAGAAAUUUCACCAGAGUUGGUCGCAGACGCAAAAAGCGAUGAUAAAUCAAAAUCACCUAGUCUAGAAAACGACUCGGAUAAGAAAGACGUGUUGUCGGAGGAAACUGCUGAUGCUAAGAGUGCUGAUAGAUCGAAGUCACCUAGCGUAGAAAAAGAUACGGAUAAGAAAGACCUUUCGUCAGUUGUUACUUUAGAUACGAAAUCUGACGAAAAAUCAAAAUCACCAAGCGUUGAAAAGGAUAGUCCAAAAAAAGAAAUGUCACCAGAGAUUGUUGUAGACAUUAAGACCGACGAUAAAGCAAAGUCAUCUCACGAAGAAAAAGACUUGGAUAAAAGAGAUAUUACAUCCGAAGUAACCGCAGAUGCAAAAACUGAUGAUAGAUCUAAAUCCUUAAGCGUUGAAAGAGAAACUGACAAGAAGGAAUCUUCACCAGUUUUAACUUCUGAGACAAAGGCUGACGAUAGAUCUAAGUCUCCUAGUAUAGAAAAGGAUGACAAGAAAGAUGUAUCACCUAGUUUGACAUCGGAUACUAAGAUUGACGAUGAAUCAAAAUCACCGAGCGUUGAAAAAGAAACAGACAAGAGAAAAAUGUCCGCAGAGUCAGGAACUGAUGCUAAGGUUGAUGAAAGGUCUAAAUCUCCAAGUGUUGAAAAAGACGCUGAUAAUAAGGUAAUCUCUGAGUCGUCUGCGGAUAUCAAAACUGGAGAACAAACGAAAUCACCUAGCCCUGAAAUACAGGAUUCAAAAGAUGAUGUGAAGCUCGAUCGUUCUAAAUCUCCUAGUGCUGAGAAAGAUUCCGAUAAAACCAUUGGAGUUGAUGGUUCCGUGUCUAUUGACAAAUCUAAGUCGCCAAGUAUUGAGAAGGAUACCUCUAAAACGGAACUAUUAACAGCGGCGGCUGCGGACGUGAAAUCGGACGAUCUAUCCAAGUCACCUAGUCUUGAAAAAGAAAAAAUUGAAUCCAGGUCUAGCAUUGUUGGAGAAAAAAUUGAUGAUUUCCUUGAUAAAGAAGCAUCGUUAAGUCUUGAAGGUGAUAAAUUAGCAGAAAAAGAACCUGCAGUGCAACAGGCAUCCAUAUCAGAAGAUAAAGCUCAAAAAUCGCCAAGUGUAUCUGGAGAUUUAAAAUCGGAAGCACAUGAUUUCGAUAAAUCAAAGUCCGUUAGUCCAAUUAGCGAAAAAACACGAGUUGACAUUUCUGUACUUGAUACAGCCGAUGAGCGGAAGUCCUCGAUCGCUAGCAUAGAAAGUCAUGCCGAAGAGAAAGGCAAAGAUCGAUCUCGAUCGCACAGCCUAUUCGAUACCGGCGAUAAAACUCCAAUGGUACGAUCGAGAGCAGCGAGUUUGUAUGAAGAUAAAAUCGUUGACAAACUAGGUGUUCUCGAACACGCUAAAGAUCCGCUAGGACAUGCGCAUGACGUAUUCGAAGAAACGGAAGAAAUGCGGUUGUCUCAAGAAGCAAUUGACAAAUUACACGCGCCUGACUCGAAAGAAGACUCGGCGCAUAAGCAAGAUUUAACACCUGAAAUACGCAAGGCUAUUGAAGAUUAUAUAUUCAGCGAAUAUGUCAGUAAGAAGAAAUUGAUAACUACAUCUACUAUUCAUGAAAUAUCGGUUAUUUACAACAUUGACCAACACAUCAUUAUGAGAAUAAUUAACGAAAUUAUUUCUCACCAGAGGAUUAAGCGAGAAACAAUCGUAGAUUAUGAUGACACAGAGCACGAAGAAACAAAUCAAAAGUUAUUAGAUGAUGAAGAAAAACUUACGAAUUAUAUCAAUGACGAAUUCAUUUCUAAAAAGAAGAAGAUUGACUCGAAAACAGUCGACACGAUAGCAAGUGUAAAAUCUGUUUCUCGACACUUGGUUAUUCUCGUUAUUGAAAAUAUAAUAUCUUCAAGAAGCCUUAGGCGCGAAUCGAUUGUUGACGGUGAUUUCACGGAAAGCCACGAUUCCAGUCAAAAAGAAGAUUCUCAUACCAGUACAAACAUAGUCUUUGACAAAGACAGCAGCUCUAGGAAAGAAUCGCUUUCCGAGAGUUUGAAACCGUCUGUUGAAGCAAAAAGUAUGAGCCCGAGUCCAGAACCUUCUUUGACUUACAAAUUAGGUCGACCUGAUCCUCACAUCGACGAAGAAAUUACUAUUUCUGAAAACAAACGUAUAGAAGUCGAGUCGCUAUUGAUCGACGAGUACAUAACUCGAGGGAUAAAAAUAACGGAAACUAUUUUGGAACAAAUCGUGACGAAGACGUCGUUACCCAAGUACAUUAUCAUCGAAAUAAUCGAGGAGAUUUUAAUCAAGAAGCACCUUUCGAAAGAUGCUAUUGCCGACAAAUCGAUAUUCCACGACGACGACGACGACUCGCAACACAAGUUGGAGUACGAAGGAAUGGCAACGCCAGAAAUCGGCGAACGCAAAUCAUCGGGAUACUCGACGCCAGACACGCGGAGCUACGAGGUCGGAUUGGAAAAGGGUGGACAGUACGCUGACUACGAAAGUCCAUUCCAUAAAGCGUUCAUGGGUGGUAUGACGGAGAUCCGCACCACACAUAUAACGACGCUUUCUGGAAAAUCUACCCCUGAUUUCGGACAACGUACCGAGACUCCUGAAUCCAUUUCCGAAACCAGCGAUAACGCAAAAACGACAAUCACGAGUGUGCCUGGUCAAUUCGAAAGCACAACUGGAGAUGACAGUCAUCCGACGUUCAGUGCAAGUCAAUCGAAGAAGGAAGAAACGAUGCAGGAAUCGGUUAAAACUACUGAAGAAACUCACAGCCAAUUGCCAACCGGUGAAACCGUGGUGGUUCUGAAGACGACGCAGAUAACCACUUAUCCCGAGGAGAUCACAAAGAUCACAAAAGAGUUUAUUACUCGUGAAAGUAUGUCGGACGAAGAUCCCGCGAAGAAGCAGAUGAUCGAACAGGACGAAUCAGAGACGAUAACCAAGGUAAUCAAACACGAAGUCGUUGACAUGACAGGAGAGCCUGUGAUAACGAAGCGAACCUCGAUCUCCGGCGGUGACUACAAUCAAGAAUUCAUAACCAGGGAGACAACCAAGACAAUCACUAGUCAAGAAGAAAUAGACCCAGUAUCCUUAUUCGAUACGUUCGGAAUGACAGGCGCACGAAAGAGCGUCGAUCACACCGAAACCAGUUCAGCGUCCGACGGUAAAGCAGCAGAUAUGCCAUCGACGGUUUCACCUAGUGCCAUCAAUCUCGAAGAGAAGCUCAUCUCAUUGGAUUCUCAUCCUAGCGAUACAUCAAAAACAUCCACUUCUAGCAUGUCCGGCCAUGACAGUAAAGCAGACUCGAGCGUUGUGCACGAAGAGAAGCAUACGACUUUCUUCAGCAAGGACUUGAUGGAUCACACGAUUCCUGAACAGUUGGAACAAUCGGCCUUCCCACUAAUCAGAGAUUUAAUAACCGACGACAAGAGUUACUCCGGAAAAUCGUCGCCAGAUGUCUCGUUACCGAAGGACAUCGUGUAUGGUGGCUCCACAGGAAAGUCAACUCCUGACGUAUCCAUGUCUCCGUUGAUGCGCGACGGAAGCAUGGUGCAAUCCCAUCUCCAGUCGGGUCGAUCCACUCCCGACAAGAGAUCCGACAGGGGUUCGCGAACCGCUACUCCCGAAGGUUUCAGAUCGGGCGACGUCAUCCGCACGAUAAUCACGACCACUCGGACGAUGAGCGACGACGGUGAGAUCAUCACGACAACGCAGGAGGUGACCGAGGCGACGAACGAGAAAGGCGAGACCAUAGUAAUAACCGAAAAGACUGACGUUAAAGUUGACGAAAGAUUGCCGGAGACGAAUCCGAUCGAUAUCCAGCGAGCACCCAGCGCAAGUUCGGACAAGGAAUUCGAUCCGACCAGUCCACGAAGCGACUUGAGCAGCGGACACAGUCGAGCGGCGACGCACAUGUGGGGCAGCAGCGACGAGCGUCACACUUACUCCGACGAGGAGCAGUCCAGCCCACCAUUCUCAUCUUCACCCUAUCACCAAGACUCGUCGGUCAAAGAAGGAACGUUCAAAACGCCCGACGAUUUCGCGAGCGCAGCCAUGAGCAGUAGUUUCUACGGCGAACUGCCCGAGGAAUCGAUCCACUUCCACACUAGCACCCUAAGCAAAACCGUACAACAAGUCCUUCCAGAAGGCGAACCGGACGAGUUCUCGUUCAAGAAGUUCACCGUCGAGAAGGAGUUCGCCGGUGGCCACUCGGACAAGGGCUCGAAGAAGUACGUGGACGAGGCCGACCUCGACUUUGAGAAAGCUCUGACGGAAGAGAAGGGCGAGUACGACCGAGGCCAGACAAGCUCCGUUUUAGGAGCAGCAGGUGACUUCAGUCAGGAGCUCGAAAAGUCCUCCGAUCAGAGCAAGGCUCAUCCAGCCGACGACAAGAAGGAUCCCCUGGCCGGCUGGGGAAGUCCGCUUGGUCUGCCCUCGCCAAAGGCACCUAGAAAAUUCAACCUGCGAAGUCCCAUUCAACCUUGCAGCUCCGCUGACUUGAGUCCGGACAGCCUUAACUUCGACGUCAUCAACGACUGGGGCGAACCGAUGAGAUUGCCCUCGCCUGCGCCGACUCAGGCCAACGAGGUCUCGAACAAGGGAUCGCCCGGUACUCCCAAGAAGGAGAAGAAGCAGCAGGCGAAGAAGGUCCUGUCCGAGAACAUCAAGAACAAGAAGCGCUCCGAGAGUCCCAGCAAAAACGAGAAGAGAGCUAAGGACUCGAAAAACAAAGUACAACCGGUUUACGUGGAUCUGACCUACGUGUCGCACCACGGCAACUCGUUCUACACGGCCUUGGAAUUCUUUAAGAAGGUUCGGGCACGCUACUACGUCUUCAGCGGUACCGAGCCCAGCCGCGAGGUCUACGACGCGCUUCUCGAAGCCAAGAAGACCUGGGAGGACAAGGAUUUGGAGGUGACGAUGAUCCCCACGUACGACACCGAUACACUAGGCUACUGGGUCGCCGACAACGAAGAGGCUCUGGCAGCUCACCACAUCGACCUCUCGCCAUCGGCGUCGAGAUGCACGAUCAAUCUCCAAGACCACGAGACCAGCUGUAGCGCCUAUCGACUGGAGUUCUAGGUCUUCGCGGUCUGUCCAGCGAUCAUGGUUGAGUUCAAUAAGCCGCGCGAGUUCAGGCCUAACUCCGACGACUCGAAAUGAGAGAUGAGAUAUACAUAAAUAUGCAGAAUAUAUAAUACGAUAUAUUCCUUAUUCACACGACACACUACUCGGGCCGAUACAAUCGUCAUAAUUCCGCGCCAGCUCGAUUCUCGGCUCUUUAGGGUAAUAUAUAUUAUUGAAAGAAGAAAAGACAAAGCAAAACAAACAUGAAAAUUGUACUACACGCUAAACGCAUUAUCCAAAACUCCCGUCCUCGUGAUGAAUUUUUUCGAGAGAGAGUCUGUCGUACUCAUAUACCGACGAACUGAUACACUGAACCGUCACGUAAUUUACGAUGAGUCGAUAAACAAGCCGCCCUUGAACAUUUUCAUUUGCUAAUCUACUUAUUAUACAUGUAUAUUUCUAGCCAACUUGUCCGAGUGCUCUUUAGCUGACUCAUUUUUUCGGCGCUUUUAUAUAAUACGUGACUUGUUAAAUAUUAGCAAAAUGAACCUUAUACGAGCGCGAGAGCUAGAAAGAGGGGAUAGGGUAUUAAAAAAAAUAAAUUGAAAAAUCGCGGAACCCACGGGAAGGCGACGAGAGACACACACACGCGCGAGCGCGAGUGAUAAUAGCGAAUCUGGCAUCCGGGACGAGUAUAUGUCUAUAUGCGCAUGAUGAUCGUGAUGUGUCCUCGGCAGGGCUGGAGAUAUGAUGCACCAAAGUGACCUCAAAGUCGAACUUGUUCGAUAUACAGAACGCGUGAUUCACAUCGGAGAUGAGAGAGAGAGAGAGAGAGAGAGAGAGAGAGAGAGAGAGAGAGAGAGAGAGAGAGAGAGAGAGAGAGAGAGAGAGAGAGAGACGAGAAGAAAUAGUUAUAUUUACCUAUAAUAUAACGUUGUUUAAUCCCGGAUGCCAAUUAACUUUAUUGUCACGCCUGCUAUAUGACUGACUGUAUUAAGAGAAAGAGAAGAGAAAGAAAAUUAUAAUCGAUGCGCAUCGCGUCUGUUCCCGUGAUUUCCUUGCACAAAGACUCCUAGACGAUAUUCCGUCUUCCUUGGCAUACAUGUCGAUGCAGCAGCCGGCAUAGUGCACAAUGAACAUUCCCUAUAACGUAUAUUUGCGAUGAAGCUUAGCGAACUCUUAAUCUACUUGAUGCUCGUACGUUAUACACACCCGUCGGAUGCAACGGCAAUUUUUGAACCAUUUAUCUAACAAAAAGUUUUAAAAAAAAAUACAAACCAAGCCAAGUAUAGCUGUCCACAUGUCGGUUCGCAAGCUGCUCGACGCGUCUACAUGAUUAUCGCUUAUAAACGACACUGAGAAUAUAUUAUGCUUAGAUACAAUCGCCAAUGUUUUGAUUUAUAGAUGAAGGGAGCGAUGAGAAAAGUUAAAUAAACUUCGAUUAAUGGGUUAAAGAGCCAAUGCUAAGACGUAAAAAACCCUAUGUGAGAAACAGUGUUUGCGCAUACGCCCCGUCUCAUUAUAUAUGAUAUUAUAGUUUCUCGGCGUAUACGCAUCGAGUGUCUUUUCCUAUAAAAUUACUACCAGCUAAUUACGAUUAUUAAAAUGAAAUAAUAAUAAUAAUGUCUUGUGACCAUAAAUGUCUAUGCGUAAAGAAAUUCACCCACACACAAACACACACACACACACACACACAAUUUCGCAUGACCUAAUCAUGAGAAUAAAAUGUUGACAGUGUAGAAAUCUUUCGACCAGGUUUUCCCAGAAGGAAUUCGACCAUCCGAUGAAUCUCUUUUGGGCGAAAUCGUAUCGGAAAUUAAUCGUGAUUCGUCUUAUAACUUUAGAGGGAAGUGCGUAUAACUUUAUCUAUGUCGUAAACCCCCGAUGUUCUAGAGUUGCGAAAAAAAAAAAAAAAAUAAUACAAUUGCUGUCGUGUGUGACAAAAAUAAAAAAAUAUUGAUAUGCACGUCACUGUCACGUACUCUAUACCCCGAACUAAAAAAAGACUCAAUUAAAGAAGGACAAAAAAAGCAUAAAAAAAAGAAUCACAAAAAAAAGAUAUUAUGUAAUAACGUGAUAGACGAUCGUAAUCAGUGAAGUAGGACACGUGUUGCUGCGAACCAAUGAAAUACUUUAAUUAUUCAAACCGAACCAUCCAUCCAGGCGAUACAAAACCAAAAUGUCCACAUAUGUUUGGGGAGUAAUAAGCGCGAAAACGAAUGUCGGAAGACAUGACCGAGAGUCGACCUAUAUAUUAUAUAGUCACCGGCCACAACCGCUCCCACACAGAUGAUCCAUAACUUCAAAGUCGUAGCGUUAAUUUGUAGAACACGUUGGUGAAAAACGAAAAAAAAAACAAAGCGAUAUGCAAAGCAAGGCAAAGCGAGCGAUUAAACUUUUAUACUUGAAACGCGUUUGUCAAUGAUGAUUCCGCGGUUUGAAAAAAAAAACUGCUUGUGCGGUGCAGAAGGAGAGAGAGAGAGAGAGAGAGAGAGAGAGAGAGAGAGAGAGAGAGAGAGAGAGAGAGGAGUGCGAGAGAUAAGGGCGACGAAGAUUUAGCAUGUACCGAUGACGAUAAUGACAAGUGAGAGAGAAAGAGGGACGAUAAUGAUGAUGAUAAUGAUGAUAAUGAUGAUAAUGAGGAAAAAGGCGACAGUAGCUAUGCGAGUGACCUGUUAAAAUCAAAAAUGAAGCAAACCAUCGAUAAGCUCAUCGACGUUUUCAGGCUAUCGGGUUUUCGUUUGAAUUUUCAUUAUUCUAUUCGAUUCGUUACAUGCGUUUCAAUGUUUAACGUUAUGAAUAUUAUUAUUAUAAUUAUUAAAAAAGAAAAAAUGUAUAAGUGAAAGUCUCCGAAGAUAUAUUAGUCGACGCGAUAGCGAAGGAUCGAUCAUCUUUCGAUGCUAUACACGUGUCCAUAUUAUGUAAUUCGAGUCUUUUGCGAAUAUAUCCCGGCAAGACACGGUCGUUGCUCGUUCGCCCGGAUAAGCCGAGCGCAGCUUUGCUUUUCCGGUUAUCGCUUGUUAUAUAAACCUAAUACGUGUACGCUUUACAUAUAUUACAUAUUAUACUUAUAUUGCGCGCGCGCGCUGAUGAUGAUGGACCCUAGAGAUUUUAAAGUGAUGAAAAAAAAAAAUAAUAAUAAUUAAAAAAAAUAACGUCGAAGCGAGGAGAGAUGGAGGGAGAGAGGAGGGAGGGACGCCUGGUGCCCGAGCGUAUAUUAGUGCGCUGGACGCGCCUCAUUUAAUAGUCUAACAAAAGUGCGAUUUUUACAAUAGGGAACGUUUACGGUGUGUGAUGAUGAUGAUGACGAUAUGAGAGUAUGGGAGGGAGAGGGGAGGGGGGAGACAAACGGAGAAUUGUGAUUAUAAGCGAAGUCAGGCUCGCGAGAGAGUUUGAUCUCGUUCAAGUUAUAUAGGGAAGACCCAAGCUUAACAGUUAUUGGUGCCGGACGUUGCCACUUUGCCGCGAGCACACGUUUGCAGUCGGACACACACACACACACACACACACACACAAUACAGAUUAAAUUCCGUGAGAUUAUAUUUGAGUAAAGUUCGUUUUUCUAUUUUGACGAUUAUUAUGUAGUCAUAGCAAUACGUGUACAUUGCGAUACAUAUAUACUCAUGUGAAGUCGGAGUAUUAUAUCUCUAUUAUUUUUUUAAUUAUGUAUAUUAUACCGUAUAUGAUAUAUGUACAUUGUAUAACCGCGCGCGGUGGCGAGGUAUAUAAGGGACCAAUAACUGGGAGGCUUAUCCUAGGUAAGUUUUUUACCGCCUAUUUUUCAGCUGGCCUUAGGGAAACCCGUACGCAAGUAUACCGCAUUAUUUAAAUUAUUUUCUGUCCGUUUUCUCUCUCGACUACAUGAUAUAAUACAUGUAUAAUAAUACAUGCAUACGUAAAAAUGAAUAAAUACGCGCAUACGUACGAUUCAUUUGUUAGAUAUAAUAUUAUGACUCACGUGUAAAGAGAGAUUUAUUAUUACGAUUAAUUUGUUCUCGUAUGAUUGUUGCUUAAAGAAAGAGAGCUGGAUAAGGACAUAAAAUGCCUGCAUUUUCGCGCGAGUUAUGUUUUUCGAAUUCAAAGAAUAAGCAUAUAUAGCGAUUUUCUAUAUACGAGAAAGAUACAUAAGUAUACUUAUUAUAUUACCGCGAGAGAGCGCGAAUUGUUUACGAUUUAUGAUUGGUGUCAUCAUGAUCAUCAUCGUUCUCCUUAAUUCGCGAUAGAGAGAGAGAGAGAGAGAGAGAGAGAGAGAGAGAGAGAGAGAGAGAGAGAGAGAGAGAGAGAGAGAGAGAGAGAGAGAGAGAGAGAGAGAGAGAGAAAACCAAGCUUUUUAUAACGUGCAUUAUAUUGCAAAACAAAAAAAAUGUGUAUGAGAUGGGAGAGUGUAUAAGCGAGUGCGAAAGAGACUGAGAGAAUGAAAGCGUAAGCGCAAGCGAGAAAGGAAAUUGAUAAGGUCGACGUGAUAGACGAAGCAUGUAACUGUGUAUUUCUGUAUUAUUUAUAUUAACGAGUAAUAAUUGACCAGCUAUUUAGGUAGGGUGAUGUGGAAUAACCGAGAACAAAAACAAGAGUAAUAACAAUGAGACACCCCCUUUUUUGUUUGCCGGCGAAAACGAGGAGGAACAAAAAAAAAGAGAGAGAGAAAUAACGAAAAGAAAAAGAGAGCUGAGAGCAUGAUUAACAAUAAACCAAUUGAGUACCAAUGAAAUUAUAACGCGGAGAGGAAUAUUUAAUUAUACAAAAAAAUAUAUAUGACGAAAGCGGGAGGAGAGAAGCAGGAGCGAGCUUUGAUAAAAAAAAAAACAAUUAAUAAAUAUAUGAUAAUGCAAUCGAUGAAGGAGAUGUGUGACGGAAUCCGAUGAAAGUCAAAAUUUCUUACUUGGAGUAUGAGAAAGAGAGAAAUGAAAUGGUGAACACCCGCACUGCAACCCCGAAUAUCGCGAUGCACCGACCGGGGAUAUGGGAACGAAUUGUACUAUACAAGAGCUUCGAGUCUACGCACGCGCUCUUACGCUUGAGUAUAAUUAAAUAUAUGCGAGAUACGUAAGCGAUGAUACGAUGAUUGAUGAAAAAAAAAAAACAUAAUGAUAAUAAAUCGACGAUUCAAAAAACGCGGGCUAAUAAAGCGUCAUAAUUCGAUUUCGCAUGUAGUGGCUGUUGCUUGAUAAAAACAAAUCCAAACAAACGCUUCUUGAACUCUUGUAUGAGCUAUUGAUUUUCGAGAAUCUUCGAGAGGUGAGAGAGAACGCUUAUAUUGUUGCGUGGCGUAGAUAUAUUAUAUAUAUUACACACUCUUAUUGUUUACCGACUUUCCGUUGUUCAGUAGGGGGCGAAGCCCUCCGCGAGAGAGACGUUUCGAAAAUGCUCGAGAUUCUAGUCAGGAAAAAACAGAAAGAAAACCCUCAUACGCGCGAUGUUUUCCUAAUAUCAUUAUUAAAGUUCUAUCACACAUGAAAGAUAAAGUCAUCUAGUCAUUCGAAUUUCUAAAGGAAACGAUUAUAUUCUUGUUAUAUUAUCGCUGUAGGAGUUAUUACUUAUUGCUUAAAUAUGAGAAGAGAAAAAAAUAAAUAAAUAAAUGAAAAUAUAAAUGGAGGUAAAAAAUGCCAAAUUCUCACCAUCUUCGGUUCUCAUUCCUCGAAGCGCACCGUCGCAUCGCGUUUUCGAGUAACGAAUUAAAACUUACUGUGGAGUGUUCAUGGUGCUAUAUGAUUAUUAUAAUAGAAAUAAUAAUGUUAUGCUAUAUGAUAAAAUUAAUAAUAUAAUAAAUAUAAACUAUACCUAA